AAUCAAAUAAUAGUUUGAGAGCACAUAAAGGGUUUAACACAGAUGUGGUCACCCGAUGUUCUCCAGCUCCUCUGGGGAACUGGCAGAAGUAGCCACACGAGGGAUUUUGGUUACUUAAAGGAAAAGACCCCUAAGUCCUUUAAAACACUGACAGGAGCUCCUGAGGGAGGGCUAAAUCUCCUCUCCUGGAGUUUUUUGUUUUUGUUUUUGUUUCUGGAUGUUUACGUGUUUGGAAUGGAUUAAUCACAGUUCUGCCUGAGGAUAAAUGGCAGACACUCGGUGAGGCCACCAGCUUUCUGAUGUGAUGCUAACAGACACAGGAUUGGACUGAGAGCAUCUCCAGGAGGUUUGUCCUGAGCGACCUCAUGCUCAGCCAGAGCUGCCUGCGCACCUUGCUUUCCGUGUCCUUUUUGACAAGUCUGUCAACAAAAACUCAGGAGAGCAUGGACCCUCUCAGCUAUUCAAACUGGCUCUGUGAUGAGAGGUUGCUGCCAUUCAAGACAGCUGCUCUCAGCCAGAUUUAGUUUGCACUGCAUAGAUCUGACACAUAAGACUUCUUCGGCUCCCCCAUUUUAGCAAAACUGCCCUGAUAAGAACUUACAACCUAAUGGAGGAAGAUGUAGAUUAACUACCUAUGAUCCAUUCACAACUAUUUGUUGGAGAAUAUGCUGAAUAUCUGAACCCACCCAGGCUUUGCCACAGCUACUUAACUUCAAAAUAAACCUAGGAUUUUGAUUAGUUUAACAUUAGCUUCUUAAAGUAAUUGUUGCUGUCAUUGUGGCAUCAUAAAGUCACAGCCUAGUGUUAGUAACUUCUUAAUGGAAUCACUCAUAGGAUAAUUACUUUGUGGAACAGAUAUAUUGAACCUCAACGACCUCGGGCUAAGUAACUGCCUCUUACGAGUCUCCUUGUUCGGAAGGUUCCCUCCAUGCCAGCGGAGAGAGAGGUGACUCUGAAAGAUGACAGGCAAGGACAGGGACAAAAUAUCUCCUUUAAUCCUUCAUCAGAGCAAAACACCACAAUAGGCGUUGUGUGAGAAAAUGUGUCAUUCAGGGACCAACCAUGGAAUCUCAUCGUGGAAGAAAAGGUAGACGUUUUAGAGCCCCCAGGAUUUGAAUCUUACUGAGUUACACUUUGGUAUUUUUCGGUUCUUUUUUUUUGUAAAUUAUGGGUAGAAACAAUAAUAAUUGGGAAAGCUCUAUAGACCUCCGAGAGUCCUCCUCUAUGCACAUACUGAACCAGAUAGUUUACGGCACAGUAACAUGACCUCCCUAAACCAAGAAGGAUGCCUCCACAAGUAGAGGCCAUAAAUAUAGGGAAGGGUCCUAGGAGGGCCAGUUGCCUGCUUUACCGUCUUUAUUCAAGAGUCUGCAAAGUCUGCCGGGACAGAGCUGAGCCCAAGGCAGGCUCUUUAAAAGCUGCCGUGUCCCACUGAGCUGGAGGGCAAAGCAGAGUUCAAGGGAGCAGAUGAAAAAAACAGCUUCUGUCUGAGGGCAGGUCUCUAACGCCCACCCCUUUUCUGUUCCUCUCCUUCCAGGAAUACUAAAGCAUCUCCUUCUUGUUGAGACAUCUGACAACGGCAGUCUAGAAAAUCUCCCAAAGCAUCUACUCUGGACACUUAGAGAUGGGGCUUCAAAGAGGGGCUACAAACUGGAUGCUGGCAGGAGCUUGGGCUACGCACGAUCACUGGGUGUGAAUUUAAUUCACAUCCUCAUCUUACCAAAUUUCAAGUCUUUCGUUUAGCUAUUCAAGUCUUCCAUCAAUUUUACACAUUACGCUCAGUAUCCUCCCGGACUUGGAACUUGGCUUCGCUCUUCUUUAUUCAGCAGCAGAAGGAACAUCCGGCAUUCAGAGCACCAACUCUGGCACCAGGCUGCCUGGGUCUUUUUAUUCUUGAUUCUCUACUAGUUGUGUGUCCUUGGGCAAAUUACUUAACUUCUUUAUGCUUCAGUUCCUUCCUCCGUGAAAUGGGGUAACAAGGGUGUCCUGAGGAUUCAAUGACUCCUAUUAGUAAAGCCCUUACCACAGAGCCUGGCAGGCCCGUAGGUAAACGCUAUAAACGGCGCACUUAGAAAUGCUGCGCACCUACCAUUUGCCAAGGUACCGUGCUGGUCACUCUGUCCCCACAUCUACGCUACACAAACUUGCAUCGUGGUAUCGAGGAAGAAUAAAACGAAUCUCUAGUUCUUGUUUAGCUUGGAAAGGAUCAACAUGCAAACGCUAACCUCGGACUUCGGGUCACACACACGAGCUGCGUCUGGGUUCACUUCACUAUUUCAGCCAACAUCAGCGCCUCCGUGCCAGACGCCGUGGACGUGAUGAGGAAACGGAGCCUCGGUCCUUGCUCCCAAGCAGCUACUUCAGGCUGAACUAGUUUCCUCAUCUGUAAUAAGGAAGGUAACACCUGAUUCGAGCAGUUAUUUAAUGAGAAUAGACAAAGCAGUGUGUUCCGCUGGACUCCAGUGUAUAAACGUAUUUCCUCCCAUGGGAUAAACGCAAGUCUUCUCCACUCGGGCGGCUUCGCUGUCACGACUGCAGAUCCCCACUCCGCCACCGAGGACCCUCCCACCGGAGAGGAGGCGAGCGCGGCAGGAGGCUGGCACCUGAGGGCCCCGGACCACGGACCACAACGGGGCGUCGGCCCUGCCCCAGCGGGUCUGCGCGACCCCCGCAACCCCACGGACAACGGAUGAGCGGUUCCCAGCCCCCCAAGCACAACUCCGCUCGAAUCUUACCCGCCGGCCCCCUCCGUCUGUCCCGGCGGCCCCGCGCGGUCACCGAGCGCAGUCACCGACGCCGCCGGGGCAACCUCUUAGCGCCCGGCUCCGUCUGCUCACCUGCAAACAGGGGGCAGGGCUCCCCGACGCACAAUAAUUAUAAGACGCUUAUGAAACAGUUUAUUAAACAUGAAAUUAAAACUGCAUUUUACUAAACAAAAGACGUUUACGAAACAAGCCUCUGUAAGCCCCAGUGGGCACGUAGAAGCACGGAGGCUGGCGUCAACGUAACGUAACGAGAAGAGCCGCUGACGGUCGCAAGCGCGGCACGGAGUCCGCGACGCCCCUCUAAGCAGCAGGAACUUGCGCGCCCCCCGCACUUUCUGUCGGAGGUAUUUAUCCCGCCAGCUGGAAAGGCGCUCCUCCCACGUCACCUUUCCUUUAAAAGACGCCGGGCGAAGCCCCGCCCACUACGGAAAGCGAAGGGGUCUCACGGCGGAGCCCGUUUACCGGCUCCUUCUGCCAGAUUUUGCUCAUCGCCGGCCGGUACAGACUCCUGGUUCAUCCAGCCUAUUAUUUAUUUGACUGAAGUAUCAAAGACAUUUCAUCAGAGAACAUGGCUUCCUGUUCUGCAUCAACCUCGAAAGGCUAAAGCUGGCAUUCUCCUCUAAAGAAGAGCUUUUCUUCAUCAACUCGGGACGAUUACAUGUCUUCUUAAAAAGGAUGGCUGCUGUUUUCCUAAAGAGGUUAACAUUACAAAUCAUAAAGACUGAAAAGAAUUACACUAGAAGAUGUUUUGGUAAAUACAUCAUGCAAAAGAUAGUACCUGCACCAUUGUCCCUUAUUGCUUCUGCCCCAAGACUGUCCUACCUAAUUCGUGCAAAAGCUUUUAGUACUGUUGAAGACACCCAGGAUGAAAGAAAAAAGAAAAAAAAGAACGAAACAGCUUUUAGUAAUAUUGGGAGGAAAAUUAAUGAGCGAAUUAUUCAUGUACUUGACGAGAAGGGCAAUGAUUUGGGGAACAUGCACCGAGCAAACGUGAUUCGACUCAUGGACGAGCGAGACCUGAGGCUCGUCAGAAGGAACCCUGGCGCAGAUCCUCCGCAGUACCAGCUCAUGACGGGAAUCCAGAUCCACGAAGAACGGCUGCGGCUGAGAGAGAGCGGAAAGGCUAGACCUACGCCUGGACCGACCCUGACAAAGGAACUAACGUUUUCUUCAAACAUUGGACAACAUGAUUUGGACACAAAGAGUAAACAGAUUCAGCAAUGGAUUGAGAAAAAAUACAAAGUUCAAAUUACUAUAAAGAAAGGGAAGAAUGCAGAAGAGCCAGAAAAUAAAAUAGAGGAGAUAUUUAAUCACAUACUCCAGACUAUGCCUGGAAUAGCUACCUUCUCAUCCAGGCCACAGUCUGUUAAAGGAGGAAAAGCUGUAAUGUGCGUGCUUCGUCAUUUGAGCAAAAGGAAGAGGAUGCAUAUAGAGAAACUCAAGGGACCCAGAAAGGAGACACUCUGAACAGAGAAAAUAGAAUAGAGAAUUAGAUGUUCUGUUCUGCAGCAGUAAUUUUAAUAAAGAAAAAUGUGCUGCCAAGAAAAAAUAA